UGCGUCUCGGUCCGCCCGCAGCAGUCUCCUUCCCGGCGAGGUUUCACUACAGAGAUGGCUGCGAAAGUGUGCAGAUCAGUACUCCUGUUGUCCCGGAGCAGCGGAGCGGCGGCCGGAAGCCUCCCCGCACUUGUUGUCUCUUCACAGCGACAUCAUCAGCACAUAAGACCGCAGGAGGUAUUGUCGGCUCCUUUCAACUGUCAGACUGUGAGGAGAGCACAUGGCCUAAGGUCUGCAGCCCACUCUACAAUCUUCACCCAGCCUCCCACUGCCCUGUCUCCACAGGUUUGGAAGGGCGCCCCCUCAUGGCAUGGCCAGAGACUGUUGUGUUCCUCCGCUACUCCAGAUGAGGUGACAGUGAUGUAUCAGAACGGGCUGCCGGUGAUCUCAGUCAGUUUGCCAUCCCGGAGGGAGCGUUGUCAGUUCACCCUCAAGCCUCUCAGCGACAGUGUGGGAGUUUUCCUGCAACAGCUCCAGGCCGAGGACAGAGGCAUCGACCGGGUAGCCAUCUACUCCACGGAUGGAGCGAGGGUCGCCUCCUCCACAGGAAUAGACAUCCUGCUGCUGGAUGAUUUUAAGCUCGUCAUCAACGAUACAACGCACCUUGUGCGACCACCACAGAGAGAGCUACUACCCCACGAAGAGGGAGAGAGGCUGAAUGACGUCAAGUUUCUGGUGCAGCAGCUCUACACCACCCUACGCAUCGAGGAGCACCAACUCAGCAAGGAACGCGAGUUGAUUGUGCGACUUGAGGACCUCAACUCUCAACUCCGCCCCUUAGAGAAGAUGAGGGUGGAUCUGAAUAGGAAGGCAGAGCGGCGUACAACCUUGGUGAUGUGGGGGGGCAUGGCAUACAUGGCCACCCAGUUUGGCGUACUGGCCCGACUCACCUGGUGGGAGUACUCCUGGGAUAUCAUGGAGCCCGUAACUUACUUUAUCACCUACGGCACAGCUAUGUUCAUGUACGCCUACUUCGUGCUUACACGCCAGGAGUAUGUUUACCCCGACGCCAGAGACAGACAGUAUCUGCUGUUCUUCCACAAGGGGGUGAAAAGGACACGCUUUGACAUCGAGAAGUACAACCAGCUGAAAGAUGAUAUUGCUGAGGUGGAGUUGGAUCUGAAGCGUCUUCGGGACCCGCUCCAGCUCCAGCUCCCAGUUCAGCAGCUUACCUCUAGUAAAGAUUGACGGGAAGAGUGAUUCCCUCCUCUCUCAGUUCCUGCAACCUCCUUUUCCUCCUCCCUCUUCCGUCCAACACCCUUCUCCCUCCCGAUUUACCCCAAACUCUCUGCUCAGACUCCUCCCUCCCUCCCCCAUUCCUCCCACACCCAAAAGCCCCAUCCCUCUCUUGACGGUGGGAGUUAGUUUUUCUCCUUUUUUUCCUUCUUUUUCUUUUUUUUCUUUCCUGACUGAAAACUCCAGUUGGAAUUGCAAGAGGAUAACCGUAAAAAAAUCGAAGAUAGAAUGGCGAGAGUACCGGGAACUUGAAAAACUCUCCCAGCCGAAGGAAGGUGAGGAUGAUGAAAAGGACAACGAUGAUGAAGGAAUAAAACUGGGCACUAUGGAUACGCCUCAAGUCUCCGGAGGGACGGCCUGCAGGGAACUUCAGGGGGCAAACAGGACUCAUUAUCACACCUCUCGACACAGAGGGGCUGUCAUUGUUGAGUGUGUGUGUGUGUGCGGGACUUUCAGGGUACAAUGGGACACCGACCCUGGCCGAUUUGAGGGUCGACACACCCGUUUAAUCCGGCUUCCUCUCGCAGUCAAACUGUCAACACACACACCUUCUCUUGGUUGGGGCAGUCUCUAGAGAGAGUCUCUAUCCCACACGUUUACAAGGAAGUCCUGACUGCAGUUGCACCAUCAGGGGACCUCCGUCUUCCUGUGGCUGAACUCUGCUGCCUCUCCCUCCCUGGGCCACGCCUUCUCCAGGUGACGGACAGCUGUUCCUCCCAGUUCGACCUUUGUCGGGAGCCCAUCUCCACUCGCUGGACAUAGGCAUGACGACGCCUCGUUUCCUCUUCCUGUUGAAGUCCUGUAGCGUCCCGGGUCUGCGCAAGUAUGAGAGUACUACCGACAACAACAUCACUGUGUGUUCUUUUACUCCGAAAAAAAUAUUUUGGCACUUUUUAUUUUGAAAGCCAUAGUAUAUUUGUUAUGAAAAGAAUAUAAAUAUAUAUAUGUAAACAAUCAAAUAAACAGAUGACCAGAGGCUAGUUUUUUUCAGUGGGGGGAGGAGCUCUCUUACAAACAUCAUUUCAUCAGAAACUAAUUUACAUCCUCUGGAGAUCUUCUGCCAUGAAGGAUCCUCUGCUAACAGUCCAGCGCACGCACAUACAGGGCAGUAUAAAGUAUGCAUUCACUACUAACUAUUUCAUAUCUUGUCCUGACAAACACACAAUGUAUUUCACAGUAACUACGUCCUGGUUGGGCGUAAGGCUCCUGUGCAUGGCCAUCAAAGGGGGGGAAACUAUGUUGAAACCAAAUCAGGGUGAAAAUGACUGAUUGGAAUUGAUUUUUGAGCAACGCAGAAUGUCAAUGUGGUUAAUGCCAUGCUUGACCUCUAUAAUCAUCUCAUGAACACAAAGAUUGCUGCGGAAAUGCUUAAUGAAGGGGUUAAAAUGUGCAGUGACCAUUGUCUCAGAUGAACCCACAGGCAUGUUUAUAUAUCUGGUGAACUGAGCUUUAGAAACGAGUAAAGCCUCAUUUAUACAGCAGGACUAAAUCUCCUGCAAUCCUUUUCCCACAAUAUCAUAAAUAUCAUUUUUCCUUUUCCAAUCCAAAGUAUUUUUCUUGGAGGUGAAAAAUGACCAUUUCCAGAUAUUCAGUGACUUGGCCUUCAGCUUAGCAGCAUGUGAUGUGCUUUUCAAGGUAGGAAUUUGACAUGAUUCUCCUUCACAAAGCUUAUAGAAAAAGUAACAGAAGGCUGAAUCAAAAAAAAAAAUAGUGUCAUGGCAUUUAUUCACAGAGGCUUUUUUUGAGUUUUCUCCUCCCACUGUUGCUGUAACGCCCCCCUGCUCUCUCGAAGGCAAGGCAGGGUAGACUGCAUGCUGUGGUAUGCCCUCAGUAGAAAUUUGUGAUUGUGUAGGAGCAUUAUUGCAAUUUUGUACUUAAUUGGACACUUUCCUUUGCCACAUCUAGCUGAAGUCUCAUCCCCCAUGAUAGGUUGAAUCAGAAGCCAUAUGUUUCAUUUUUCCAUUUCAGGAUGGUCACUGAAUAAACCGUUGUUGGCUUUACUUAGUUGUCUGUUCAGAUGAGGAUAGGAUCUUAAAUUAGCCAGUAUACUUCACCCUUAACUGCUGUAGAUGGCCUCUGCAGAGAAGCAAUGACUUGAAGUCCCCUGAACAUGAGUAUAGUUCAACAUCCUGCAUGUGUGUCUCGUGUGGACAGUUGGCUUAAUCCUACUUCAGAGAUCCAUGUUUAACUGCAGAUUUUUUAUUGAAAUGCAUGAUUUUAGGUCAAAUCUGAAGUUAUUCAUGCUAAUCUCAAGGCAGGAAUUGAUCUUAUCUGUUAGUGUGUGUAUGUGUGUUUUAUUUCCAAAGGAAUUGGUGCCUCUUGGAUGACUAAUCAUUUAAAAGGUAGAUACUAAUUAAGUUAUUUGUAGAAAAGCAAUGAUAUGAUCAUUGAGAAAGGAAAUAUUGUAUUUGGAACGUGACCUUUAUAUAAAGAGGGUUCAAUUUAAAUGUUUGAAAGUGGAAAUCAACUUUAUUGUGCGCCUGUGAAUGCAUGUGUUGGUUUACUACACGUCUUGACAAGUCGGAGCAUUGUGGGCAAAGUUUAGAUCAUUCAUGAAUCCUUUGCCUCUAAUCACUGACUGUCACUAACAGUAGAAAAAUAAAUUCCGCCCUCAUCCCACUUUCAUCGCAGCCAUGACACACACACACACACACACACACACACACACACACACACACACACACACACACACACACACACACACACACACACACACACACACACACACACACACACACACACACACACAGUGACGAUGGUGUUUCCUUGGAGAUGUACUGUGGCAGGUGAGAGAGCCGCUGUCUGCAGUCCAAUCCUCCCCUCUGCGGUUUCUACACAACACAACUCUCCAUCAUCACCUCCUGUUUUGUCACGCCACCACCGUUUAUUGCCUUGUUUUCUCAUUUCUUUUUUUAAAAAGCUAAAUAUAUCAAAUAUAGGGAAACUUUAUUAUAAAGAGGGUGUUGCAUGAAUGUAUGUUUACAUGGGAAAUUAUGUGAAAAUAAAAAGACAAUUUAUCAACAAAAAAAAAAAAAACUGCAGAGAUAAUUUAAGAACGUCGUUUGUAGAGAUUCCUAGAUAUAAAGGGCAGUGGACAGGGCUGCGACUUUAGAAAUGCCCUGCCAAAUCUGACUUAAAUCCCAGCCAACCAACUGCUCAAACCCCACUCCCAUCCUCACCUUAUUUACUCCCAUAAACCCCUCCCUCAGUGUGCACUAAUACAAUACAAUGAAAGGAUAAAACACCCUCCAUCCUCGGUGAACCUUUAAAGGAGGAGACCUUUUGACCUCGGUUACUAACAUCCUGGAUUUUAGUCCAAAGGAAAAGUGUCAGGCUUUUCGGAAAUCACCUCCCAUUCUCGUACCUCUUUCUAGUCAUUUUCAUCCAUCCUCCAAAGCGACAUUAUUAUUCUAUGUUUUCAAAGUGUGUUAUGUUUUCAAUCUUGUUUGUGUGCACUUACAAUAAGAUGUGUUUUAAAAUGCCUAUAGAGUGAGCAGAAUAUGGGAUAGAAAUGAGCUUGUACUCCAUUCUGACCUCUAAGUUUAUUUUUUUUGUCUCUUUUUCUUCUGUUGACAUGAUGCUGUAAUGUUGGCAAAAAAGAAAAAUGUAAAAUCCUGUAUCAUUUAUGAAAUAUGUAUAAAAGAGAAAUGUAAUUCAAUUAUCAAUAAAAUCCUUAUCCAGUUUUUGGAGACGGUGGUCCAGUUGA